AUGACAGAGUCUUGUUCGCCUUCCGCUCACGUAGAGUUGAGUCCAUAUGUGACUAUUCAACCUCCUCUUUCUCGGUGCGGACACGGUCCAGGACUGAUUCUCAUACGACCUCUUUGUUACGCGACAUGUCAACAGCAAAACAAGACGCUUGAUCCAGAACCACUCAAAAAAUGGGCCGAGGAAAGCUUCACGGUGGCACAGAUUACCGUAGAUGAGAAGUUUGCCAUUGACAUAUCGUCUCUACGAGAGCUUCUCCAAGAGGCUGAGCGUGGCUUAACGGAGAGGCUAGAGUGCGAUACGAAGGAAAAGAUUGGGUUGAUAAUUUAUGGAUCAAAGAAAGACUAUGCUCCCCAAUUCGAGGACAGUCUGCAAGGUGCACUAGUUCAAGGCACGGCUCUGAUCGCCGCAGUAUUCUUCGACUCUUGGGACAUUCCCUUCUUCCAGUCAACCCUUUCCCAGCUUUCUAGUCCAACGAAAGGCGAGAAGAAGGAAGGACAAACUACCCACGUGUACUCCGACGUAUCCUCUUCUAGCUUUAUGAUCCCCGGCCACCCUGAUUUCAAAAUAUCGACUGCAGGAGUAGCACAUACUCGGAGUGUCGGAUUUGUUAAAAAGCACCUGGGUGGCCCAUUCUUUGACCUUGAGAAGAUCUGGGACGAGCACACCUAUUAUGAAUUCGAAGAACGCUCAGUCGAAAAAACGAUGGCGACGAUGGUCGCAGAGCCUUACGUGAACCAUGUGCCAACCCUAACAGGAGGCAUUGGACGAGCUCGUUUAAGUCACUUUUAUCUCAAUCACUUCAUCUUCAACAACCCCGACGACACAGCUUUGGAGCUUAUUAGUCGGACAGUUGGUACCGACCGGAUUGUAGACGAAUUUAUAUUUGUCUUCACUCAUGUGAAACAGAUGGACUGGAUGAUUCCCGGUAUUCCUCCGACAGGCAAGCAUGUUCGCGUUCCAUUCACAUCUGUAGUCAACAUUCGUGGAGAUCGCUUGUUUCAUGAACACAUUGCAUGGGACCAAGCAACAGUACUUGUGCAGCUGGGUUUAUUGCCCGAAUAUCUGCCUUUCCCAUAUGCACUGCCCGAUGGAUCUGUACCAGGGCAUGGGAAACGAUUCGAGUAUCGCGUGCCAGCGGCGGGCGCCGAGAGUGCCGCGAAACUCCAGGAUGAGGAUGAAGUCCCAUCUAACCAGAUGUUCGAGUAUAAGAUUCGCGAAGUCGAUAAUUGA